AUGGAGGAAGAUAUUGUGUCGGUGGAUCCAAAUGUAAACGGCGAGUUGUAUGCGGAGAGCGACAACCACGAGACCAACCCAACUGUUGAGGAGUCGCUUCAGUUGGAAGCUACCACCAAGAUAAAGGAACCCGUAGUUCCUAAAGCGCCGGAGCAGCAUCUGAAGCUUUUAGAUACGCUGCAGCUGCAUUGUAACUUUACCCAGACCUUAGACGCACAACUUAAGCAAUUUUGGGAGAUAGAAGAAAUUACUUCAUGCAAUAAACUCACAAAAGAUGAAGCGGCAUGCGAAAAAUUAUUUCAAGAAACGACUUUACGUGACGAUACGGGUCGUUUUUCAGUGCGCAUACCGUUAUGCGAAUCAGCUGAUGUAUUAGGAGAUACAUUUAGUUUAGCACAAAAUAGGUUUUAUGCCCUUGAACGUAAAUUAAACCGAUGCGCGCCCGAAUAUAAACAAUUGUAUGUUGACUUUAUGAGCGAAUAUUUAAACCUAGGUCACAUGAGUCUAAUUGAUGAGUAUGCUAAGCCAUGCUACUUUCUACCACAUCACGGUGUCUUCAAAGAAAGCAGUAGCACUACCCGUCUGAGGUGCGUUUUCGACGCAAGUGCAAAAUCGUCAUCAGGAAAAUCGUUAAACGAUAUUCAAUUAAUAGGGCCUGCUUUACAAAACGAUAUUUUCUCAAUUUUAUUGCGCAUUCCUCGUUUAGAACUAUGCGGGGCGUUACUAGGUGCACGAUUAUACGCAAAAAUCACUGAGUCACUCAGAUUAAGUUUUAAUAAAGUGCAUUUCUGGACUGAUUCGACUAUUGUGCUUGGGUGGCUUCGAAUGUCACCAAGUUUACUUAAGACAUUUGUGCAGAACAGAGUAGUGGAAAUCAAUGAAUUAACGGGCGAUUCGCAAUGGUUUCACGUGGCCGGUAAACAGAACCCGGCUGACAUGCUGUCCCGCGGGCUCGCGCUGCACGAGCUGCAGGCGGCGGACAUGUGGUGGAGCGGCCCCGAGUACUUACGUGAUAACAACUUUAACCCGUCACAGGAGAACGUCACAAUAAAUACUGAUAACAUCGAAUUACCGGAAUUAAAGUUAGAAAAAACAGUAUUGGUGAGUCGCACUCAGCCUGAAGAGUUUCCUUUUCACCGUUACUCAUCUUUCGUUCGAAUGCAACGCAUAACUGCAUACAUUUUGCGUUUUGUACACAACUGUCGGUCGAAAAUAAAAUCAAAUUACAUAGUCGGUGAACUAACGGUAGACGAGUUAGAUAACUCCACUAGGUGUUUAGCUCGAUUGUUACAACAACAAUCAUUUCCAGGCAUUGCAACUGAUCUAACAAACAAACGCAACGUAAAAUUUCCUAGAAAUAUUUCUAGCCUAAACAUAUUUUUAGAUCAACAUAACCUCAUUAGGGUCGGAGGCAGAUUAUGUAACUCCGAAUCUUUUUCAUAUAACAAAAAAAUUCCAGUUUUCUUAUGCGACCCUAAUGAUCUACUCCCACUCACACCAGCUCACUUCCUCAUUGGCCGACCGCUCACCGCUCCAGCUGGCGAGGACCUGACGGCUACUCCAACGCUGCGCCUAUCACGAUAUGAUCGCGUGGUGCAGAUGCGGCAGAACUUCUGGACGAGAUGGUCGAAGGAAUACGUUUCUGAACUCCAGAAGAGAACGAAAUGGCAGACACACAAACACACACUGAGUCCUGAUACCCUCGUCCUAAUCAAGGAGGACAACGUACCGCCACUUCAAUGGCGCCUGGGACGAGUGCUGCAGACCUUCGCCGGGGGCGACGGCAUCUCACGCGUGGCCAACAUCAAGACGGCCACAGGCAUCAUACUCGUACAGCGGUCAUUCUCCAAGAUAUGCCCGUUGUUUCCUCAAGAAGAUGACCCACUGAUGACCCAUACACCUCUUUGGAACCAACCGGGUGCUUCCAAGGCCGGGGGCAUGUCGACGCACCUAACGCCAUCUGUUGGCAGCCACGAGAACUAACGAUGACCAUGGAAGGGAUGCGCGAGGGCCGGCGGCCGCCACCCUCCUACCAGCUCCGUCACUCUCUCAUCUACCUCGACUUCACACAUUGCCAAUUAUUUGUACCUCUGUAUUUUGAAAAUUAUAAUAAACUUAAAUUCAAAAUUAAACAAAUACCAAAAUUCAUUGAAGAGUUCCCUGCCCGCUGAUAGCUAGCCUAGGAUCCAAAUCAGUAGCCGCAACAGCCGUUAUUUUUCUAUCUGACUGACGCUUGAAUUUUCCUGGCUUUCCCGCCAUUUUGUCGUCUCAAUAUUUCUAUAGCGGAGACUUUACGAAAAAAUUACAAUUUGCUUACAAUAUUCAGUUAUUGAUGCAAAUUUUCAUUCUUUUUAUCGUCCUUUCAGGACACUGUUCUUUUGCUACUAAUCUAUUUGUUUUGCUUGUUGUUUUUUAUGACUGAUUACAGAGCUUCGUCCAAAGUCAGCGUGUUAAGGUUUUCCCCCCGUUUGUGACCUGCGUCUUCCCUCAGCCAUCAUCAGCCUUGUGACCAGUCUUACACCUCCAAUAAUUUCCACUUUUCCCUGUCUGACAUGAUUCGGAUUCGCAAGUGCGUCGUAGAUGGCUGCAAAUCUGAUGUGGGAUC